AAUGGAGAAAGUGGACGUAAUGUAAAAGGCUUCGAAGUUCCUUUGCCGCUUCGUAGAUUUUUAGGCCGGCACGAAAACAUGGAAGAAUUGUUUCAGAACGGAAAUUAUCAGAGGGAGGCGAAUGCAAACAUAACAACUAUGGAAACACAAAAAGAGGAUUCAUUGCUUGAUCACAUGGAAAUCUCAAUAGUUGAGACUGAAAAGCGAGCAAAUGGAGCAUUGAAUUUAAGAGAAUUUUAUACAGUCUACCUCAUUGAGACUAAAGUUACCAAUCCAGAUUUUAAAGGUGCUCUCACCAAAGUAAGUUCUCUAUGGCGCCGAUACACAGAAUUUGAAUUGCUCCGAGCUUAUUUAGAAAUUUCUUAUCCAUAUAUUGUACUGCCUCCAUUACCAGAAAAAAAAGUUUUAUAUGCGUGGCAAAAGGUUACCACUGAUACAUUUGAUCCAGAUUUUGUUGAUAGACGUAGAGUUGGUCUUGAGAAUUUCCUAUUGAGGGUAGCCUCACAUCCUAUAUUAUCUUGUGAUGAACAUUUUAUGGGAUUUCUGCAACAAAAGGAUGGCUGGAGAGAAAGUAUAAAAGAGACCGGUUACUUGCAAGUAGUAGAAUCAAAAUUAAAAGCACUGACUGUAGCAGUGCGAUUAAGGAAACCAGACAAACGAUUUGAAACAAUAAAAAAUUAUGGAAUUGAGCUCCAGAAUAAUUUAUGUAAUCUUCUACGAGUACGUGCGCGACUUGUAGAAAAACAACAUAGUUUGUACAAAUUACAUGCAAAUUAUGGUCGUGUGUUCAGUGAAUGGAGUGCCAUAGAAAGGGAAAUGGGUGAUGGGUUACAGAAAUCGGGUCACUACUUGGAUUCAUUAGCAGCGACAAUAGAUACAACACUUGAAGAAGAAGAACUAAUAGCAGAUCAGUUAAAAGAAUGGUUGUUUGGUGCUUCUGCAUUACAAGCAGUUAUCAAACGAAGAGAAGCUUUACAAUUAGCCAAAGAUGAAGCUCAUGAUGCUUUAACCACAACAUUUGAACAAAAAGAAAAAAUUAUACAAGGUAAAUCUGGUUUAAUGUCACGAUUAUUUGCAUCCGUGGAUACAGAAGAAGUUCGUGAGUUAAAAAUAUUGCAAUUGGAACAAAGAAUUGCACAACAUGAAGAAGCUGUUAAACAAGUGGAUGAAGAUUUAAAGUCAUUCUCUAUUAAAGCAAUGAUGGACAUAGAAAGAUUUCAACGUCAGAAAGUGCUGGAUCUAAAAGAAAUUUUGGCAGCUUACUGUAUUUUACAAUUUAAACUUGCUAGAAAGGGAUUGCAAGCUUGGCAGCAUGUUAAAAGUUGUCUGGAAAGUAUGCCAUAAAAAUCUUUUCUUAUUGAAAGCUGACAUAGAACAAUAAAUGUUCCCACAUCUUUCGUGCGAUAUACAUUCCUAUAAUUGUAAGCUCACUCAUACUGUACGCUUAUUAUUACAUCAAUGUACAAGAUUGUUUCUAUUAUUUAAUGUUAGACUAGAUAAUAUUAUAUAUAUAUAC